AUGUGCUCGCCCCGUUCUUUAUUGACAUGUAUGUGCUCGCCCCGUUCUUUAUUGACAUGUAUGUGCUCGCCCCGUUCUUUAUUGGCACGUAUGUGCUCGCCCCGUUCUUUAUUGGCAUGUAUGUGCUCGCCCCGUUCUUUAUUGGCACGUAUGUGCUCGCCCCGUUCUUUAUUGGCACGUAUGUGCUCGCCCCGUUCUUUAUUGGCACGUAUGUGCUCGCCCCGUUCUUUAUUGACAUGUAUGUGCUCGCCCCGUUCUUUAUUGGCACGUAUGUGCUCGCCCCGUUCUUUAUUGGCACGUAUGUGCUCGCCCCGUUCUUUAUUGGCACGUAUGUGCUCGCCCCGUUCUUUAUUGGCACGUAUGUGCUCGCCCCGUUCUUUAUUGGCACGUAUGUGCUCGCCCCGUUCUUUAUUGGCACGUAUGUGCUCGCCCCGUUCUUUAUUGGCAUGUAUGUGCUCGCCCCGUUCUUUAUUGGCAUGUAUGUGCUCGCCCCGUUCUUUAUUGGCACGUAUGUGCUCGCCCCGUUCUUUAUUGGCACGUAUGUGCUCGCCCCGUUCUUUAUUGGCACGUAUGUGCUCGCCCCGUUCUUUAUUGGCAUGUAUGUGCUCGCCCCGUUCUUUAUUGGCACGUAUGUGCUCGCCCCGUUCUUUAUUGGCACGUAUGUGCUCGCCCCGUUCUUUAUUGGCACGUAUGUGCUCGCCCCGUUCUUUAUUGGCACGUAUGUGCUCGCCCCGUUCUUUAUUGGCACGUAUGUGCUCGCCCCGUUCUUUAUUGGCACGUAUGUGCUCGCCCCGGCCUGUACGCUUCUUCACGCAGCGCAAUACCGACUGCGACAACACGUGUGUUUCAGUCGAAAAUGUCGCACUCUAA